AUGCAGACUGCCAAGGUCGAGCAGCUCAAGAAGGGUGAGACCACUCACUCGUGGAGCGAAGAGGAGAAGGAGGCCUUCACCGAUUACAUCAACAACACCCUGAACAAGGACAGGGACAUCGGCAGCCGCCUGCCCAUCAACCCCAAGGACAACUCGCUCUUCUCCUCGGUGCACGAUGGUCUCCUCAUCUGCAAGCUCAUCAACGACGCCAUCCCCGAGACCAUCGACGAGCGUGUGCUCAACAAGGGCACCAACCUCAACAACUUCAAGAUCCACGAGAACCAGGCCGUCGCCAUCAACUCGGCUAAGGCCAUCGGCUGCAACAUCAUCAACAUCGGCGCGCAGGAUCUCAUGGAUGGCGCUCCCCACUUGGUGCUCGGUCUGAUCUGGCAGAUCAUCAGGAUCGGUCUGUUCUCGCGCAUCAACCUGGUGAACCACCCCGAGCUGUACCGUCUGCUGGAGCCCGGAGAGACGAUCGAGGACCUGCUCAAGCUGCCGAUCGAUCAGAUCCUGCUGCGCUGGGUGAACUACCACCUGAAGAACGCGGGGUGGGACAAGCGCGUGAACAACUUCAGCGGCGACAUCAAGGACGCGUCGGCCUACACCGUGCUGCUGGCGCAGAUCGCCCCCAAGCACUGCAACCGGGACCCGCUCAAGGAGGGCGACCUGACCAGGCGCGCCGAGCUGAUGCUUCAGAACGCCGAGAAGCUGGGCUGCCGCAAGUUCGUGUCGCCGCGCGACGUGGUGCGCGGGAACCAGAAGCUCAACCUGGCGUUCGUGGCCAACCUGUUCAACACGUGGCCGGCGCUGGAGCCGCUCGAGGAGGAGAUCGUGAUCAUCGAGGAGACGCGCGAGGAGAAGCAGUUCCGUAACUGGAUGAACUCGCUCGGCGUCGACCCGUUCGUGAACAACCUCUACUCGGACCUGAGCGACGGUCUCGUGCUGCUGCAGCUCUUCGACAAGGUCGAGCCGGGCAUCGUCAACUGGAACCAGGUCAACAAGAACAAGCCCCUCACCACGUGGAAGGCCCUCGAGAACGACAACUACGCCGUCGCCCUCGGCAAGCAGCUCAAGUUCUCGCUCGUCGGCAUCCAGGGCAAGGACAUCAUGGACGGCAACAAGACCCUCACCCUCUCCGUCGUCUGGCAGCUCAUGCGCCACCACGUCAUCUCCAUCCUCCAGCGCCUCGGCGGCGGCAACAAGAUCACCGACAACGAGAUCGUCAACUGGGCCAACGACAAGGUCCGCUCCGCCGGCAAGUCCUCCUCCAUGGCCUCCUUCAAGGACCCCUCGCUCAAGAACUCGGUCUUCCUCAUCGACCUCAUCGACGCCGUACGCCCCGGCGCCGCCGACUACGCCCUCGUCGCCCACGCCGACGACGAGGCCACGCUCCUCCUCAACGCCAAGUACGCCGUCUCGCUCGCCCGCAAGAUCGGCGGCGCCGUCUUCGCCCUCCCCGAGGACAUCGUCGAGGUCAAGAACAAGAUGAUCAUGACCUUUGUCGCCACCAUCAUGGCCAUCGACCUCGGCCACCACGGCCACUAG